GCUCACACACGCUGUUGCUACUUCCUUCCUCCCUCCCCCUCCUUGCCUGCUUCCGCCGCUACCUGCUCCUCCGCCUCCGCUCCGCCCUCCUCCCCUCCGCCGUCGCCGUCGCCGUCGCCGGGACACGCUCAAGCCAGGACUUGUUUUCCGAAGAAUAUGUCUUGCUUUGGAUGCUGUGGUGAUGAAGAUACUCAAAGAGCACCAGACAACAGGAAUCAAUACCCAGGAAGCCAUCCAGCAAGGAAUGAUGCAUAUCGCACUGCCGAUCCAACUCCUAAAGGUCCUCAACCUGUGAAAGUGCAACCCAUUGCAGUUCCUGCCAUUCCUAUGGAUGAAAUUAGGGAGGCUACUCAGGGUUUUGGUGAUGAAGCUUUGAUUGGUGAGGGUUCCUUUGGUAGAGUAUAUUUUGGUACUCUAAGAAAUGGCAGAGGUGCAGCAAUCAAAAAGCUGGAUUCCAGUAAGCAGCCAGACCAAGAAUUGCUGGCACAGGUAUCUAUGGUGUCAAGGCUUAAGCAUGAAAAUGUUGUUGAGUUACUUGGUUACUGUCUUGAUGGCAACACCCGUGUCCUAGCUUAUGAGUUUGCCACUAUGGGCUCUCUUCAUGAUAUGCUUCAUGGAAGGAAAGGUGUUAAAGGGGCUCAGCCAGGUCCGGUCUUAUCAUGGAUACAACGGGUGAAGAUAGCUGUUGGUGCAGCGAAAGGCCUAGAGUAUCUUCAUGAGAAAGCACAGCCUCACGUCAUACACAGGGACAUCAAGUCCAGCAAUGUUCUUCUCUUUGAUGAAGAUGUAGCUAAAAUAGCUGACUUCGAUUUGUCAAACCAAGCUCCUGACAUGGCAGCCCGGCUUCACUCAACUAGGGUUCUGGGAACAUUUGGAUACCAUGCACCUGAGUAUGCAAUGACUGGUCAACUUAGCUCUAAGAGUGAUGUGUACAGUUUUGGAGUUGUUCUUCUGGAGCUAUUGACUGGGAGGAAACCUGUCGACCAUACAUUACCGAGGGGGCAGCAGAGCCUUGUCACAUGGGCCACCCCAAGACUGAGUGAAGAUAAGGUUAGGCAAUGUGUUGACUCAAGACUUGGAGGGGACUAUCCUCCUAAGGCUGUUGCAAAGUUUGCAGCUGUUGCGGCAUUGUGCGUCCAAUACGAAGCUGACUUCCGGCCAAACAUGAGCAUCGUCGUCAAGGCGCUCCAGCCCUUGCUGAACGCGCGAGCAGCCCAUCCCGGGGCUGAACAUGCUGGGCGCUAAGCUCCAGUCGGACCUUUUGUAUGAUAUAAUAGUUAAGGAAAAAUGAGCCAUCAAUUGUUGUUCUCGCGGGGCGGGGCGCGUGGCAGGCGGUUUUUGUACAUUUGUGAUUAUUCUUCCCAAGUUGUAACCCUCUGAGAUUCUAGUACCAGAAAUAUUCGAUUCUUUGUAUCGGUUGCAAGAUCAGCAAGUAUCUAGUACCUAGAACACCGUUCAUCAGACGAGAAAAGAAGGAAGAAAAUAAACACUGCUGCGUGUGAUCUUA